AUGGUCAUUCUGAAUGGUCUCCCUUCAGAGAAGAACCCAUAUGUUUUUAAUGGUGAUUUUGUAGAUCGAGGAAAAAAUUCCAUAGAGAUCCUAAUGGUCCUGCUUGUGAGUUUUCUUGUCUUCCCCAAUGACUUUCACUUGAACAGAGGGAACCAUGAAGAUUUUAUGAUGAAUUUGAGGUAUGGCUUCACAAGAGAAGUUUUGCAAAAAUACAAGCUACAUGGGAAAAAAAUCUUGGAAAUCUUGGAAGAAUUCUAUACCUGGCUCCCGAUUGGUACGAUCAUUGACAAUGAAAUCCUGGUCAUACAUGGUGGGAUAUCAGAGUCCACAGACUUGAAUUUACUCCACCAAAUAGAAAGAAGCAAAAUGAAAACUGUGCUGAUGCCACCCGGGUCAAUAAAUAGAGGCCAAAUCGCUGACUUGACGAGAAGUAAAGCAGGUGCAACCUCUACUCUUCCAGGAAAAGGUGCUUCAGAUGAUUCCCAUUCUGAACAGUUAUCAAAGCAUGAAUGGGAACAGAUUAUUGACCUUCUGUGGAGUGACCCCAAAGGCAAGAAAGGCUGUUAUCCAAACACAAGUCGAGGAGGAGGCUGCUAUUUUGGACCAGAUGUAACCUCCAGGUUCCUUAAUAAAUACCAGUUGAAGAUGCUUAUAAGGUCUCAUGAGUGUAAGCCUGAUGGAUAUGAAAUCUGCCAUGAUGGAAAGGUUACUUGUAUUUUUCUUGCUUCUAAUAUUAUGAAGGAAGGGCAGGCAAUCGAGGGAGCGUACAUUCAAACGGGCCAUGGCACAACCCCACGGUUUUUCCAGUACCAAGUAACUAGUUCAUCAUGCCUGAGCCCUCUUCACCAAAGUGUUCAUGCUAUGGAAAGCAGUGCCAUCAUGAUAUUAAAAGAGAGAAUGAUUUCACGAAAAACUGACCUCACUCAUGCUUUCCAACUUCGAGACCAUAGUAGAUCAGGAAAAAUUUCAGUGGCCCAGUGGGCUUUUUCUAUGGAAAGCACUUUGGGGCUGAACUUACCAUGGAGAUCCCUGAGCUCACAUCUGGUAAACACAGAUGAAGAUGGAAAUGUUGACUAUAUGUCCAGCUUCCAGGAUAUCCACAUUGAAAAACCUGUGAAAAAGGUUAAAUCUCCUAUAGUUGAAUCUCUGUACAGAUACCGAUCUGACCUGAAAAUCAUAUUUAAUAUCAUUGAUUCUGAUCACUCAGGCCUGAUCUCCAUGGAAGAACUUCGGACCAUGUGGAAACUUUUCAGUGCUCACUACAAUGUUUGUAUUGAUGAUUUGCAAGUUGAUGAGCUCGCCAACAUAAUGGACUUAAACAAAGAUGGAAGCAUUGACUUUAAUGAGUUUUUAAAGGCUUUCUAUGUAGUGCAUAAAUAUGAUAACUUGAACAAAUCAAACACCAACGUUGCUAAUGAUGAAUGAAGACCACCCUCAACCUCUUUUUAAACAGCUGAACCUGAGUUCCAGUGUUUUCUAGGGUACUUGAAAUUCACAGUAAUAGAGAAAAGUAGGCUCCAGUUCAUGACACAAACACAUGCACAGAAUGAGUGUUGGAAGUCCUUAGCAAACUGUUUUUGUAAAAGAAUAGGUUAAACAUCAGCUGAUAGGAUUUACCUCCAGUGUUAGGACCCACACAUUGCCAGUGAGGAAUUGAGUUUGAGCCUAGUGUGGAUCUCUUGGAUGCUAACUCACCUGGAGACCAGAGCAAUUUGGAAUCAUACUGAAAGGAACUCACAGGGCACCAGAGACAACAUUAAGUGCAACAUUUGUGAAUGACCGAAGAAUGGGAGGGGGAAUACCAAACUAUUAAUGGAAUAAACUAUUUCCAGCUUUAAACUGUAAUCUUUCUCUGAGAUUCCAUAAGUGAGUGAUUCUUUUUUUUCACAUUUUUUAGGAUAUAUUCAUUAUAC